GUGAAGCGUCGACGUUUAAGGGCUACUAGCCCACUAAUAGGCGGCGAAGCCCAUCCCCAGACGGCCCAUUUAUUUGAAACUUUUUAAAGUCGCGUGCGCCCUUGGGAGGGAAGGUGGAAAGGAGAGGAAACCGAAACAAAAAUUCUCCACUCUGACUUCACAUUUUUUCGUUGUGAGCCUACGGGGUUUACCUUUGCCCCUUAUGCAUAGCUUAACUCAGCUCUGGUCUUCAAUCCCACAGCCGCUCGGUGGAAGAUGAAUGGUUACGCGCCCAGCAAAGUCAUAACGGAGGAGCAGAGGGCUCGCAUUUCACAAAACUUCAGAGCUGCCAAGGCCCUUCUUUCUCGCAAACGUCCUCGUGAUACCCCCUCUUCUUCCCCUUUAUUUCGUCUCAAGGAUGCAAAGGGUACCGUAUCACCAGCUCAGGUUACAAGCAUCAAAAGAGUUCCUCUAGUAGAGAUUCCUAUGAACACACCAUCUCCGAUUCGUGCAAAUGGAAUUGAAUCAUCCGGUAGUCAAUUUAGGAGUGAUUUAUGUUCCAGUAUGGAAAGAUUUGUUCCUAGGACUGGAUUAAUUAAUGACAUUUCCAGUUCAAGGACAAUUAGUGUUUCUCUAGGGGACAAAUAUUCCUUGGAUUGUUUUACAACUCCAAUAAAACGUCCAGAAUGCUCAGGUUUAAGUGAUUAUUUAUCGAAGCCUAGCAUUCUAGAUGAUGAUUUUGAUGAAUCCAUUUUGAACGAGAUUGAUGCUAUAUGCGAGCAGAAUUCUGCUGCAAAAGCAGAAAUCCAGAGCUACAAUAGCCUUCCUGUGAAAAAUAAAUACAAAGAGGAAAAUAGUGGUGGUGAUUUUGCUAGUUCAGCGUCAGUUUCUGCAAAAGAUGAUAUAAGAACACAAGUUGCUUUUGAAUCCAGUGAUGAUUUAGAAUCUAGAAAGGAGGAUAGGGAUGCUUCCCAGAUAAUUCAGCAUGGAAAUAUGCCUGAAGAAUACUCAAAGUACUUGCUGUCUUUGAGCAAUAGGCAACGCGAAGCAGCUUGCAGUGAUAUUUACAUUCCAUUGAUGAUUGUUGCUGGUCCAGGAAGUGGAAAGACUUCCACAAUGGUUGGGCGUGUUCUGACGCUGCUUAUUGAGGGGAUUAGUCCAACAAACAUUCUAGCAAUGACUUUUACAACUGCUGCAGCUUCUGAGAUGAGAGAUCGGAUUGGAGCGGUGGCAGGAAAGGCAAUAGCUAAAGAUCUUAUGAUCAGCACCUUCCAUUCAUUUUCUUUGCAACUUUGUCGUUCACAUGCAGAGAAGUUAGGACGCACAUCAGAAUUUUUAAUAUAUGGGCAGGGGCACCAGAGAAGAGCAAUCAUUGAGGCUGUCCGUCUAUUAGAAAAGGAAAAGACUGGAAUACUAAAUCAUGAUGCCUGCAAGGUUGCUGAAGUUUCUAAUGUAAUAACAUCUCCAGAAUAUUUCAAGGAUAAGUCAAAGAAAUGGCAGAAGUUUGUGACUCAGGCUAAAGCUUCAGGAAAGACGCCUGCAGAUUGCCAUAAAAUGGGUGAUGAGAUAGGAGCUUCAAUACUUGGGAACUAUAAUGACAUUUUGCGAUCUUGUAAUGCACUGGACUACCACGACUUAAUCAGCUGUUCUGUGAAGUUGCUUACUGAGUAUCCUGAUGUAUUUAAGGAGUGCCAGAAUUCAUGGAAAGCCAUUGUGAUAGAUGAGUUUCAGGACACAAGUGCCAUGCAAUACAAUCUUCUACGACUUCUUGCAUCCCAUAAUAAAAUAACUAUUGUUGGUGAUGAUGAUCAGUCCAUUUUCAGUUUCAAUGGAGCUGACAUUUCAGGGUUUGAUUCAUUUCGUCUAGAUUUUCCAAAUUAUAAAGAGAUUAGGCUCAAUAAAAAUUAUCGAUCCACGCGCUAUAUUGUUGAGGCUGCAUCUUUUCUUAUUCAAAAUAAUAUUAAGCGAUGCCGAUUCAAGGAUGUUGUUACUGAUAAUUCUUCCGGAUCUAAGAUAACCAUCAAGGAAUGUCAGAAUGAGCAUGCACAGUGUUCAUUUGUUGUUGAUAAGACCUUGGAAAUGGCGUCCAUUGGAUCACCUGCUAAACUGGCUUAUGGAAGCAUUGCCAUUCUUUAUCGGAGGCAGGUGUCAGGAAAAGCCUUCCAAGUAGCAUUUCGUGACAGAAAAAUACCAUUUAAUGUUCAUGGUGUAGCCUUCUACAGGAAAAAGGUAGUUAAAGCCAUUAUUGCUAUGCUUAGAACAACAUUGCCAGGAUGUGAUGAUGGCCCAUAUCGUCAAGUUUUCAAGGCUAUGCUUCCAUUUGAGAAGGAUGAAAAGAAGAGGGUUAUUGACCACAUUGACAAAAUCUUAACCAUUAGAAAAUGCAGUUUCAUAUCUGUUGCCAAUGACGUCUUUAUUGCAAAGAUUUCUGGUACCUUCAACAGGAGUCAACUCAACCAGGGACGCAAGGUGUUGUUGACACUGGAGAUGAUAUCAAAACUUGUGCAAAGGGAACAGUCAAUUUCAACAGUCAUAACUUCAGUGGCAAAUAUGGUACCUCAGAAAUACCUUCUUGAGCAACGGGCAGUGGUUGAUGUUGAUGGUGGUAAAUUGUUGAAUGAAGACAAUGACCUUAGAUCUGUCCUUCAGUACUUGUUGGAUGAUGUCUCUGAUUUUUUAUCAAGGCAAUGUACCCUAAAAGGAGAAGCUGGAGACAUGAAAGAAGAAGAGAAAGGUUGUCUUGGCUUACUCAAAGCUUUUAUUGACUACAUAACAGAGCGGGAGAAGGAAAAUUUUCGUUCCCGGAGACAUGAUAAUGAAAAUUCAGUUACCUUGACUACCAUUCAUCAGUUUAUCUUGUUCUUUUUCCCCAUGCAGUCUAAAGGUUUAGAGUGGGAUAUUGUUUUCAUAGUAAAGGCAAAUGAAUCUGAAAUUCCUUUAUUGCAUGAAUUCCAUGGCAUUACAAAGGAAAAUGGGACCUCAAUUGAAGAGGAAAGACGUCUGUUAUAUGUGGCAAUGACUCGUGCUAGAAAGAAACUAUUCAUUCUGUAUGUCACGAUGGAUUCAAAUCGGCAGAUGCUUCAACCAUCACGUUUUCUCAAGGAAAUUCCGGAUCAUCUUCGAGAGAUUCAGGCUGAAGUGUGUUUACGUGAUUUACAAACAAAACCCCAGGAUAUUCCAAAACACAGUGUCAACAUUACCAGUAAUCUACCCGGAGAAAAGAAACCUUCUGAAGUUGAUGUGGAGCCAAAUGAUUUCCUCAACAUUCAAAUCAAUAAUGCCUCAAAGGAAACAACAGAGGCGGUAGAUGCAUGCAAUGGAAAUAUUCUCUUAAAAAGAUUCGCUGUGGAGGACAGAUUAGUUGUUUCUCACUUGUUCCACCAAUGGGCCAAGAAGCAAGCAUUUCAAAACCCUAAGAGGUUACUUGACAAGGUUGGCUUUGUUAUUGAUGAACGUCUAAGAAUCAAGAAAAGCAAGCACAAGGACGUUUUGCGUGCAUUGAAAUCUUGCUUGAGCAGUGACGAAGCAUUCCAGUAUGCAGAAUAUGUGCUGAGAUGGGAACAAAUUCCUGCCAAUGAACGUGCCCAUAUGAUGCGGGAGAAGCAGGAGUACUUCCAGAAAUUAAGGAUUGAGAAUUCAAUGAGUACAUCCGCGCCAACAUCUAAACAGAUUGGGUUUCUGCAAAAUUUGGGAUGCACUGUGGUCCCCACAUCACGUCUUCAUGCCUCACGUUUGAUUGAGCAAUAUAAAUCAUUAUAACCAUGUAAAGAUAGUCUGUUGUUCCAAUGGCUUAAUUAUCUGAGGCUGCCUACUUAUGCGAUUCUAAUGUCUAAGGUUUGAGCCCAAUUUUCGAAUCCUCCAAUAGACGGUAAUAUAAUCUAGUGUAAAAGUUUAGAGAUAGUAGUUCUGCACAGAUUAUUUCUUAGCCAUUCUGUACUCGCUGGAUAAAGAUUUUACUGAAGUGCUCAUCUUGGCAGUUCAUGCUAGCUAAAAACAUUGCCUGGCACAUAUAACCAUGGCUGCUUAGCUUGUGUGGUUUUCGUUGCUUCUUUGGACUCGUUCAUCUAGUAAAAAGACGUAGUUAGGUUUGUGGGUAAACAGUAUCUCAGGUUCCUUGAACUUUUUAGAAGACAAUUCUUUACUCUC